AUCUUGGAUUUCAAAUAGAAACUUUGAAACGAUGAUAAAAUUGUCUUUUCCUUAUGCGCAUUGCUGCAAUAUAUUUGUAGAAGGAUCAACGCCAGGAAUUGAACAUUUAUUCAAUCGUUUUAUUGAAAUUUAUCCAUACGAUUAUCUUGUGAAACGAUUAAUAUAUGCUUGCGAUGCAUACUUCCUAUUGGCCAGAGAAGAGGAGCACAUUAUUUUUGCAUUGCAAAGGGUACCGUCUCAAAUAUCGACAACUGAAAUUCUCAUUAUCUUGGACAAUAGUUUGUUAAACGAUUCCAAGAUUUUUAACGUUUCCCUGUAUAAAAAUUCCCAUGCAAAUUUGGUUUCCCAUUCUGGUAUCUGGUCUCUUUCUGAAAACUUUCUCGAACCUCGAAGAUUCUAUGAGAUACAAAGGCACCAUGAAAUGGCACAUAAAAAGGGAAUCGUAAAUUUGGAAGGACGACACUUACAGGCUGCAUCAUUUUUUAAUCCUCCUCUUUGUUAUUUAAAUCGCACGAUUAAUCAAACGAUAAAUGGCAUUGAGGCUGAAGUUUUCUUAGUUGAUAAUGAUUUUGAGAAAGAUGGAAUAGAAAUGAAAAUCUUUAUGCUCAUUGCAAAAAGAUUAAAUUUUCGAUGGACGAUCAGAAAACCUGGAGGAAAUUAUAGAUAUGGAAGAAAAGUGAACGAUACAUCAUGGGAUGGUGGAAUGAUCGGGCAAAUAUUUAGAAAAGAGAUCGACAUUGCCUUUAGUGGAAUAUGGUUAAAGCAUGAUCAUUACUUAUUUGCAAAUUUGUCUGAGCCCUGGUAUGAACUGUCGAUUAAUUUCUUGGUGCCUCGUCCAAAACCGUUCACCAGUUUUUGGGCAAUAAUCAGGCCAUUUCCAGCGGAAGUAUGGUUCAUGAUUAUAUUAAUGUUAACAAUACAAACUAUUCAUACCAUAAUUAGAGCACAUAUUAAUCCAAAAGUACCUCAACAUUUUAGAAAUGUUGUGGUAACAAUUACCGAAUUAAUUGGCCAAUUGGUUGGCACUUGGUUACCAGAAAGUCAUCCUGAAACUAGAGUUCAAAUGUUGAUAUGGCAAAUUUCUGGAUUUUUACUUGUUACUGCUUACAGUACAAUUCUUGCUGCUAGAUUGGCCAAUCCGGAAUAUGAAGAAAGAAUCGAUACUGCUCAGCAAUUUGUGGAGGCAAAUCUCACAUGGGGUAGAGAGGGACCUAUUCCUCUCUACACCGAUUAUUUUGACCUUAAUGACAAAUAUUUUUCUCAAUUACCUGGGAGAUUUCAUCAUGAUGAAAGUUCUGAAGAUAGGCAUAACAAAAUUCUUAAUGGUAAUUACGCGAUUGUUGGAAGAUUUGUAGGUUCCCUUUUCUUUCCUGAGAAUAACGUUACUAAUGAGGAUUUAAAGAACUACCGAUUAAUGUCUGAAACAGUGGGCAAAUUAUACUCUGUUUUUGCGGUACAGCCUUGGCUUUUGGAACCUGUAAACACGGUCAUGUUAUGGUUGAAAGAAGGUGGAAUCACAUUAUAUCACUUGAAGGAUGUGAUUCGUCGUCGAGCAUCUCCGAGUCUAUUUGAAGUUUUGGUAGAAAAAGAUUUUCCUGAUGAUGGAGUUGCAAGAGUUCUUGAAUUGACACCAUUAGGAGCAGCCUUUUCUUUUUUAAUUUUAGGACUUUUGAUGUCGACUUUGGUAUUUUACUUAGAAUUACGUUCAGUUCGCGGUUCCAGGUCUACGUUAGAUGUUUUGAAAGAUAUCAAUCAGAAAAGAUGCAAAAAGAAUCUAACAAAACUUAAAAAGAAAAACAUUAAAAAAAUUGUUUUCUACCAUAAUAAAGUUCUUCCAAUCGGAAAUUUGUUGACUGUACAAGAAUUAAUUUCCAAAAAUAAAGGUAUAUAA